AUGGCAGGAAAUAUACAUCCAGCAACUCAGGCGCUUCACGCUGAUGACCGCUUGAAUCUGGUAACCGAUGUUGCGCCGCCAAUCCAUCUGUCCACGAUAUUCAGAUACCCGGAUGAUCCCAACAAACUGACCCUCUCCGAAGAUCCAGUAGCAGAAUUCGAUGGGAAGAACUUCGUCUACGCCCGUGAAUUCGCCCCAAACCAGACUCGCUUUGAGGCGGUCCUCUCAUCACUCACGAAGGGAGAUGCGGUAAGCUAUGCUACUGGGUUAGCGGCACUGCAUGCCGCCUUGACACUUCUAAACCCGCGCCGUAUAUCAGUCGGCGAGGGUUACCACGGUAGCCAUGAAGUUAUCGCAGUCGUUUCCCGUUUAUCCGGACUCCAGAAGCUUAGUCUCGAUUGCCCAGCCGAGGAUCUAAGUGAAGGAGAUGUGAUUCUACUCGAAACACCCAUCAAUCCGCUUGGUACGGCAUUUAACAUCGAGGAAUAUGCUGCCAAGGCGCACUCGCGUGGUGCAUACUUGAUCGUUGAUAGUACAUUCGCACCACCCGGUCUACAGGAUCCAUUCCUGUGGGGCGCGGAUAUCAUCAUGCACUCCGGAUCAAAGUAUUUCGGUGGACAUAGUGAUCUCCUCUGCGGUGUCCUUGUGACAAAGCGCGCGGAUUGGACGAAGCAGCUAUUCGAGGACAGGCUCGCGCUGGGUAAUGUGCUCGGAAAUAUGGAAAGUUGGCUUGGGGUUCGGAGUCUGCGCACGCUUGAGGUUCGGGUACAGCGCGCAAGUCAGAAUUCUGCGAAGUUAAUUUCGUGGCUUGAUGCCGCGUUGAGUGCUCCAUCGCCAGCGCCACUUUCAAGAGAGGCAAUUGUGCAGGCUGUUUUGCAGAAGAUUCAUCAUGCUAGUCUUCAGAAGGAGGCGUGGUUGGAGAAGCAAAUGCCCAAUGGUUUUGGGCCUGUUUUCUCAAUUGUUCUGCACCAGGAAGAAUAUGCUAAGAUCUUGCCCAGCAAGCUGCAUUACUUCCAGCAUGCAACGAGUCUCGGCGGUGUGGAGUCUUUGAUCGAGUGGCGAGCUCUGUCGGAUCCUAGAGUCGAUCGGAAGCUUUUGCGGAUAUCAGUUGGGCUGGAGAACUGGGAAGAUUUGAAGGAAGAUAUUCUCCAAGCAUUUAAAUCAUUGGCAUAUAGACACUGUUGA